AUGCCACAUCUCCCUUCUCCAUUCCAUAUUUACUCCUAUCGCUCCCUUUCUCCCCUUUUACUUGGAGCCGUUUCAAGAAUCGUCAACUCACAUACAUAUGUACCCCUACUGCUGAUGCUGCAACAGCAUACACUCACUAUCUUCUUGCACUCUCGACCGGUUCAGUUCAAUUUACCCUCUCUCACAAUCGAUUCUCACCUGCAGGUUCCUGAUCUCUACCCGCUCUGCAAUACCACUCUCGAUGAGAAAUGCACCGGAAAACUGCACAACCAUCCCACUUCUUAUGCUGUUGAUAAUGCUGGUGCUGGUGCUGCUGCAAAUACGACAUCAGCAUCCCUCUACUUCUGCCGUAUAGUCCUUUAUUGCAGUAAUGUUGAAUCGUUUGCCCGUUUCUUCUCUUUUCUGCGUCGCUCAAUGGUUAUUAAUAAGGAGAUAGAAGAGGAAAUUGUACGGAUGCAUAUAUGA